AUGUGGAGAAAAUUGAUCCUUUGCGUUUAGGCCAUCCUUUUUAUGUUUAAAGUUGCAUUAGUUGAAUAUAAGAUAAGAAGUAGUUCACCACCAAAAAUGUCAAUUUGUCACUAGUUGAUAAAUCACCAUCCCUACCCAGAAAGUCCUUCUAACAGAAAAAGAAAGAAGAGUUCAAGUGUAGAAACCAAAAAUAGAAAUUGUGGAUUUGGUGAAAAGAUUCAAACUUUGAUUCUUCUUUAAAAAUCGAAGUCUGAUGCUCAAAGAAAUAGUACUUAUCUAAGACAGAUCAAAAACCAAGAUAUAAGAUUAACUCGCUUGAUCAGUUAAAAAGCAGCAAGCACUCACUCUCUGCACAUCAAUUCUCUACACACAACAAUCGACAAUUCCAAGUAGUUACCCGCUAUAAAUAAGGUGGAGUAUUUUGAAAGGCCCCUCCUAAUUUCUUCCUCAUAAAAAAAAUUUUCUCUAAAAAUAAAGAAAAUACAUUGA